AUGGAAAGCAAAAUCGUCGUGCUUGGUUUGCUUGCCAUGACUUGCACUCUGGCAAUGGCCUUUGAGCCAAGUCCAUUACAAGAUUUUUGUGUUGCAGACUACACUAGUUCAGCACUAGUGAAUGGCCUCGCAUGCAUGGACUCAAAGCUAGUACAAGCUGAACACUUCACCUACAGUGGCCUUCAUUUAGCAGGCAACACAUCCAACCCUCUUGGCUUCAGCGUCACUCCCGUGACAGUGGCUCAACUACCUGGAUUACUGUCACAACUACCUGGAUUGAACACGCUUGGAAUAGCAUUGGUACGUUUUGACUAUGCUCCAUGGGGCGUCGCUCCUCUCCAUCUCCACCCUCGAGCCACUGAGAUUAUUACUGUCUUAGAAGGCAGCAUUCAGGUUGGCUUUGUGACCUCCAACCCAGAUAACAAGUUGAUUAGCAAAGUCCUACAAAAGGGUGAUGUUUUCGUCUUCCCAAUGGGACUUGUUCACUUCCAGCGAAAUGUGGGAUAUGGAAAUGCUGUUACCAUCUCUACUGUGAGCAGCCAAAACCCCGGAAUCGUCAUAGUAGCAAGUUCUGUCUUUGGUUCAGUACCAGGUAUCGAUGAUGACGUUCUUGCCAAGGCAUUUCAGGUGGAUAAGAGCACAAUUGAUCGCUUCAAAGCACAAUUUUAA